AAUAAUAGUAAUAGGAAUAGCAAUAACAAUAACAAUAAUAAUAGCAAUAGUAAUAGUAAUAGUAACAGCAACAACAAUAAUAAUAAUGGCAAUAGUAAUAACAAUAGCAAUAGUAACAAUAAUAGCAAUAGUAAUAGCAAUAAUAACAAUAAUAACAAUAAUAACAAUAAUAACAAUAAUAACAAUAAUAACAAUAGUAAUGGCAAUAGCAAUAGCAAUAGCAAUAGCAAUAAUAAUCAGCAGCAACAGCAACAGCAACAGCAACAGCAACAGCAACAGCAACAGCAACAGCAACAGCAACAAUUAUUACGUCAACAGGCAGUAGCUAUGCGUCAACAACAACAGCAACAGUUUUUGAGAAAUAUAAAUAAAGCAAAUGGAAAUAAUAGUGCAAAUAAUAGUAAUGUGAGUACACCCAUCAUGAUGGAUCCACAACAGUUUAUGUUAAGACAACAACAAAUAAGAAAUCAACAGCAGCAAAUGAUGGGCUUUAAUAAUCACACUUCACCUAUAGUAUCUAACAAUAACAAUAUUCAUAAUGGCUUUAGUCCAAUGCAACAAAAUAUGAAUUCACCUCAUAAUAGCACACAACCUCCACAGCAGUCUAUAAAUCCAAAUGAUAUAUUAGCUGCUAAUGGUAUGUUACUAAACCCCACUGCUAAUAAUACCGCUACAAAUAUGAUGAUCAAUCCAAAUAAUAUAAUGAUGAAUAACAUGUAUACUCAGGAUGACCCUAAUAAUUAUAAUAAUGUCAUGAUGAUGAUGCAGCGAUUACAGCAGCAGCAGCAACAACAACAACAACAACAACAACAACAACAACAACAACAACAACAACAACAACAACAACAACAGCAGCAGCAGCAGCAACAACAGCAGCAACAUCAGCAGCAACAUCAGCAAUAGUAACAGUAACAGUAACAACAAUAAGAAUAGCCAUAAUCGUUUUAUUAAAUAAACAUGAUUGUUACUAUUUAUGUAUUUAUUUAUUAUGUAUAAUUGUUUAUUUUAUUUUAU